UAAAAGUAAUCAGUAAUCACAAUUCGUGUUCAAAUGAUUUGCCUAAGUAAUGCAAACGGCCACACCUCUAGUUUCACAACGUCCAUGGCUCAAAAGGACAAAGUCCCAAGGGGUUGUUGUUGCUGUUCUUGUUUCGCUCAUGCAUUUAGAUUAGGACUCUUCUGCAUCCAUUUGCACAUGUAUGGAUUCGUGGCGAAACUUCGUUGUCCACUCUUAUCGUGUAAACCCUGUGAGCGAGAUUCCAAACAUUAUUCCAAACUUGGAUGACAUUUAACAUCAACGAAGGUCUCUGUUCGUGACUUGUUCCCUUGAGACUUGAUUACAUGAACUCGUGUUGGAGCUCGUCAUGGAGAAUCAUGGGAAUAAAUCAGGGGUUCCAGGGUUUGAUCGGCGAUUCUCUCUUCAAGGAAGCAACCAAGGAUCUCCUUCAGCUAGAAGAGCCAACAACCUUGGUAUUGGUUACGCCAAAAGGCACCAAGAAAGAAGAUCUUCGGCCAUGACGCUCGAGACUACUCAGUGCCCAGAUGGAAAGCAUAUGAUGUUAAAGGGUGAGGAUGGUCACAUGCAUCAAGUGGAGAUCAUUUCAACGCGGGAACAUGAGUCGAUCUUCUCGCAGAACUGUCCAGUGCUUCCUAUGGCUGUCUCCAUCUUCUGCGGUCUACUCAAUCUGAUCCCAGGACUGGGUACCUUAAUUGGAGCGUUUUGCAAUCUGUGUUGUCAUGGAAGACAUCUGCACUACCACUGCCCCAAAACGUUCCUGAUCCAAAUUGGAACCGCACUUCUUCAAGUGAUUCUCGCGCCACUAAUUCUAGGGUUCUUUUGGAGCUGGUGGUACGCAAUUCUGAUGGUGCAGAAAUCUCGCCAACCUGAAUCCGGAGGUCUCGCUUGACGUCCGCUCGAAUCAUUUUUUUUCCAAUCCCGAAACAAUUUCAAUAACCGCGCACAACCCCUCGGAAAUACACAUGUCUUUGUGCUCAA